AUGGCUCCCCGCUGGCUGUCCCUGCUGCUCCUGGCCUGCGCCCUGGCACUGCUGGCCGGGCGCUCGGCCACCGCGGGCCCCGUGCAGCCCACCUACCCUGGGGACGACGCGCCCGUCGAGGACCUCGUCCGCUUCUACAACGACCUGCAGCAGUACCUCAACGUGGUCACCCGGCACCGGUACGGCAAGCGGUCGGGCAGCCGGGCGCUGUGUGAGGAGCCCUUUGGCGCGGAGGGGUGCUGA